GGCUCAAACACCGGAAACAGAGUCACGUUAAUGACGGCGAAUACGUCGAUUGGCCUUGUGCGAUUGUAUUAAACGACAACGUUGCUGCAAACGUGACUAAACAAAAAGCUUGGAUGUAAAUAAAAUGUUCUAUUAAGGCUUAUCAAGUAAGACCGUUAAAAAAAAAAUCGUGACUUUACGUUCAAAAUGUCUUUAUUAAGCGCUCUCAUACCGGAAGCAGCUGUGUAGCUCCCUUUGCUUAUCUUAACCAAUCUUCUGUCAAAAUUCAUAAUCUUCUCUGCAAGUUGGGUAAGACCACGACGCCUGUUGAGUCAUGUCUCGCAGGAGCUGUCGCCUGGCGUCCACGGGCUACUACAACUCUGAUGAGGAAUCCGACUCGAGUAGCGUAACCAACAUUUCGUACAGAGAGAACCCCGUCAAGGUUUUCAAGAAGAAGGCCGGAACCCGGAAGGCUGCCUCCCGGGCCUCCACCAGAACCGGCAGCAAUGCCAGCACGAGCAGGCUCCAGUCGCCGUCCAACACGGCCAGGAGACCUUCGCUGAGCACCCAGACAAGCCUAACCAUGGGGAGCGUGUCCUACACAACCCCCAGGCCCACCCCCCGGCCUUCCCUAACACCGGCGUCGUCGACCGCGCACCAGACCGCCCCCCGCCCUCCCGCGCCUCCACCGGAGAGGUUCCGCAGCUCCGGCCAAGCCGUCGUGUACCUACGACCGGACCACAAAGAGCAGGAUAAGAACUGCGUAGACAGCUCGGGCUACUCGUCCUCCGAAGGCAUCAACUUUAAACCCCCGACGCCGACGACGACGGCCACCACCGCCAGGUCCAGCACCAGCAGUGUGAAAAGUAACGACGCGGCUCCCCGUGUCGGACACAGCCGCCGAAUCAACGACGCCUUCUGCGCUGUGAAGGGCUCACUAUCAAGAUUGACCGCAAAGAUAAAGCAUCUUUUCACUGCCGAUAGAUCCCUCAUCAGCGCCCAAACAAAGACGACUUGCCUCGUCCUCAUUUUGUUCUCUGCUGUGGCUGCCUUCGUUUGGUUCCUCCCUCCCUUGUUGCCUCUGACUCUGGUGGACUUCAUGAAGGCCCCUUCGCAGAUUGCCAAGCUCAAGAGCCACUUUAUUCCCCCGGCCGUUGCACCUGCGCCAUCCAGCACCGUCAAAUCCGCAUUGGCAAAGGACGUGGUCACAGUGCCCACUCACAUUGAAGCAAAAAUGCAGCAUCUUAUGGAGGAGCUGCAGCUGAAGCAGGAGCUCCUCUACAAGAUCAAGGAGCAAUUCGAGGUGGACAUGCAGAGUAUGAGGGACGACAUGAAGGUAUUGGAGUCCAACAGUGGCCGCCAUCUGGACCAGGAGGUGACCGUGCUGGGCAAGAAAAUGGAUGAUCAAAAACGGGAUCUUAACAAGUCCCUGUCGGACCUCGGUGGCAGGAUGAAAGCUUUAGAGACUCGGAUUGCCAAGUUGUCGAAGGAAUUGUUGUCCAUCCAGUCGCAGCCUCCUUCGCUGCCUUGCCCCGACAUCUCUGCCCAAAAACAGCUCACGCCAGAGCUCCAGCAGGCUAUGGAGAAAUGGCUCACUGACCACAUCCAGGCGCAGAACGCAGUCAUCCUACAGCAGAAAGGAAUUUCGUCAGUUUGCACACAGCCCUUCGCUAACAAGAUGGCUGACUUUGCGCUUGAGACUCAAGGUGCCAGCGUGAUCAGCACCCGCUGUUCUGAAACGUAUCGGACCCGCUCGGCAUGUCUCAGCUUGUUUGGAUUCCCCUUGUGGUACCCGACGGAGAGCCCUCGCACUGUCAUUCGGGGCGAGCCGGUGCUGCUUCCCGGCAAAUGUUGGGCCUUCCACGGUGCCCACGGGACGCUGGUCAUCGCGUUGUCUCACCCCAUACGGAUAAGCCAUGUGACGCUGGACCACGUGCCGCGGCACAGCACCCCCAACGGCCGCAUCGACUCUGCUCCCAAGGACUUUGCGGUCUAUGCAAUGAAGAAGGAGGUCGAAGAAGGAACUCAUCUGGGGACGUUCACGUACAACCAGGACGGCGAGCCCACGCAGACGUUUGAGCUCCCCCCCAGCGAGGUGAUCUACAACGUGGUGGAGCUGCGCGUCCUCAGCAACUGGGGUCACAUGGAGUACACCUGCCUCUACCGCUUCCGAGUGCACGGAACCCUGGCUGCUGCGACAUGAUGCAAGACCGACUCCCCCUGGCCCCCCCACCCCGCCCUCCACACCCCUUUACCUCGGAUGAAGUUGAGUUUUCACCACUAAACAUUUGACGCUUUUAGAUAUUGGGACCGUCCAAUAAAUGCCAUGAAAUAUGGAAUGAUGUCAUGAGGAAUAAUGUCUACACAGCUGUACAGUAUAGCAAAGAUAAGAUGAAGUCACUGAUAACAUUGAAUGUAAAUAGUUGGUCAAAAUCAUUACAAAAAUGCUCUAAAACUUUUAUCCCUGGUACUUAAAUACUUGAAUAUUCUUUUUUUUUUCUUUUUAAAUCUAGCAUUGCAGUGAUCCUUGUAAGAAGCACUCAAAUUUUCUGGAUGCAAAGUCAGAAAAGUGGAAAAUGUAUUUGAGAUGAGAGAGAAUAUAUUUCAGCAAAGUCCUGCCUUGUGUGUUGCGAUUGUCACAUGAAAUAUUUAUGAGUGAUUGGGGGUAAAGUAAGGGGGGGGGUAAGAUAGUUGCAAGAAUAUAGUAUUGUGGCAAGGAAAAAAUGUCAUGUAUUUUCAGAAUAUAGUGUGUAAUAUAAUUUGUGAAAGGUUGUUUUUCUAGACUUUUUGUCUUGCUAAAUUAUGCAUUUUUAUGACUUUAUCCUCAUCAAAUUCAGAAUUGUUGAGGAUUAAAUUAGUAGCUGUCUUCCGUAACAUGACUUUUGUCUGUUGUAGCAAAAUUUUAUCCUUUUUAAAAAUAUAUAUAUUUCAAAAGUAAGGCUUGAGUUUAUUAGAUUUUUUUUUUUUUUUUUUAACUAGUUCAGGUCUAUUUUCCUAAAACUGCAGUUUUAUUUUAGCGGCGUGGUGGCGCAGCUGUAACGCGUUGGGCAAGGGGCAAUUUGAGUGUCCAAUUAAUGUUCCACGUUUUUUUGGGGAUGUGGGAGGAAACCGGAGUGCCCGGAGAAAACCCACGCAGGCACGGAGAGAACAUGCAAACUCCACAUAGGUGGGGACGGGAUCAAAUCCGGGUCCUCAGAACUGUGAGGCCAACGCUUUACCAGGUGCUCCACCGUGCCGCCCUCUUUGAUAAUCCAACAGUUCCAAACUUUCGUUUUCCUGAAAGGAAAUGCGACGAUUGCUGCCCAAAAUUUGCAUUAUAAUAAGAAGUAAGGCCAGCAGAAUUUUUUUUUUCCUUGUUUUUAUACUUUAUGACUUUGUUUGACCUGCACCAUAAUCUAUGUUAAAAUCACAAGCCAUUUCUCAAAACGCA